GCAAGUUGAAACCUACUCCCUCCCUCCCUCCCCUCAGUAUCACGGCAGAAGAGAUAAACUGGUUGCACUGUAGCACUGAACUACAAUAUCGGACAAACGCUUUUCACUGCAUCUCAUGCCUUGUGUGCUCUUCUUUAGCUCAUAUGCGCUCACAUAACAUUUGUUUGUGUCACGGAUAAAUGCACACCUUAACGGGAACACAGGCGCAGAGCUUGACAUCCGAACGGAGCGAAUAGCGGGGAGCUUGCACUGACCUUACAGACACGAUGGGAGAGUGACAUUGGCACCCCCCCCCCUAUACACGCUGCUCGGAUUGGGCCGCCGGCUCACUUCCUGACCUGGGGUCCCGCCAUUGCAUUGGAAUUCUCCUUGGGCGCAAAGAGACAGAAGAGAGGCUGCUGGAGUAGAACCUGCACCAGUGAUUGUGAACUUUCUAUCCCUAGCAGCUGGUACCGAGCAGCCCACUAAGGGGAUCUAUGGUCUUCCAAGUACCUUAGAGCUAAAGCCAUGGACGUCUGAUUGGCAGUGCCCAGCUAGUUUGGGGGCCCCUCCGAUAUCGCCCUUUGGGGAGAGUGGGCGUGAGGGGGAGAAUGAAGCAUCUUGCUGCGUUAGAGAAGCAUGAGGUGGCAUCGGUACACCCGCUCUGACUGGGCAUUGCUGGUGCUGGCAUGGUUGUCUGUAAUGCAGUGUUUGACAGCCACAACAGCAACAAUCUCUAGACAACAUGGCUCUGCUCCUUCACCCGGUCAGGCAUCUUUGGACUGGUUGCUUAGCAACAGAGGACCAUUCCAUGGAGCCCAGCAAUACAUGGAGUUUACAGAGCGGUACCAGCAGGGGUAUUCAACUAGGUAUCGAGUUCACAGGGAGUUUGGUCGCUGGAAGGUAAAGAACAUGGCCUUGGAAAAGAAAAUAUUCCCAAGCCUAACGCUCUCUCCUGAGUUUGUCAGGAACAUCCGACUUUUGGGGAGGAGGCCAUCUCUGUCUCAAAUCACCGAAACCUUGAUUAAAAAGUAUGGGACACAUCUUCUGCUCUCUGCUGUAUUGGGAGGGGAGGAGUCACUCACCAUGUUUGUUGAUAAGGGUAGGCUGAAACGAGAGGCUGUAGGACGGGGGAACACAUCUGCCCCUACUCUAGAUACAUUACAUCAACUGGCGGCUUCAUAUUUCAUGGAUCGGGAGAGUGCACUGAGGCAGCUACAUCAUAUUCAAAUCACAACAGGAGCCAUAAAGGUGACAGAGACAAGGACUGGACCUUUGGGCUGCAGCAAUUAUGACAACCUGGAUUCCGUCAGCUCUGUGCUGGUGAUGGGCCCUGAGAGCCGCGUUCAGCUUCUUGGGCUGCAGGCGCUUCUUCCUCAAUACCUACGUACAAGGUUUGUGAGGGCUGCAUUGUCCUACAUUUCCUGUAAUUCCCAGGGAGAACUGGAGUGCCGUGGGGGAGAAUGCUGGUGUCGUUGUGAUCCGGCCUACCCACAAUGCAACUGUCCGACUGAGGAAAUUCGUCUCUUGGAGAAGAGCCUGGCGCAGGCAGAGGAACAGAGUGCCAGUCAAAAUAAGGAAUUUGAGGAAUCUGUGGAAUUCCGUUCUUUUCUGAGGAAUCUACCUACAGACCGCUUCCUUAAUAGCUCUUCUGUGUCUAAGCUCUGGAAUGCUGAUCCUGCUCUUCUUCGGCGUUAUGAGCAGCUACGAACCAGCUUCAAACAACUUGUGACUAGAUCUGAGCGGCAAAUGCGGCGCCUGAUUAACCUCAGCAAGUAUUGCCAGCGCCAGCCUCAAUACACCUUACUCAGAGAGAGAUCUGUGGACUACUGGCUGCAUCGAAUCCAGUCUCUUCUCUACUGCAGUGCAGCCGUAAUCCCAGGCACAUUCCUGGAGGCUUCUCUCAGUUGUACCUGCACAGUGCAGCAUUCUACCUGCCAGGGACCUAUUCCCUGCAUUCAGGGUCCUGGACCCUUGUGUUCACUUUGCUCAUCAGUACACCAUUCUCAGUGUGCCAGCUGCAACACGGGAUACAUUUUGACAGCACAAGGCUUAUGUACGCCAUCAGUGCCUGAAUCUUCAGAACCUUAUCUAGGCACAGAAGGCACUUUGCAGGACCUUGAAAUAAAGUACUUACUCUUAAAACGAGAUGGACGUCUAAGGGCCCCAGCCUUUUUUAUAUCUGGAGAUUUACGAUUAGGAGUGUGGUUUCAGAUGGGGGGAAGGAAACGCAUGCUUCUGACUUGCAAAAGUAACAAACAUUGGCCACGGCAGCUACAUAUGCUACUGGGACUUUCGCUACGUCUGUGUCUAGCAGGUAAUGGAACACGAGAUCCUCAAGUGACAAUCUAUGUCAAUCCCUUUGGGGGUAGUCACUCAGAAAGCUGGCUCCUGCCAGCUGGGGAGCCAGGCUAUCCAAGCUGGGAAAAAACUUGGGACACUGAAGGGGGAGACAGAUGUCAGAACUGGACAUUGAUACUAGGACAUCGUUGGAGGUCAUUUUUUGAGACUGUCCAUUUUUAUUUAAGAAGCAGUCCACUUGAGGAUGAAGAGGAAGAAGAGGAUUCUUCAGAAUGGACUAACAAACAGACUUUGGAUGACAAAUCAGAAAAUCCUGAGUAUGUUCGCAUUGAUGGUCUUCAGGCAUUUGGUUACAGUGUGCCUUUUGACCCCGAAGCUAUCAGGGGCUUGGCUCAUCAAUUAGAGCAGCCUGGAUCCCGUGAAAGUGCUCUCCCGGAAAUGCAGGAGCUAAGGAAGCGGGUGAAUUUUUUGUCCCCUCCAGGUGUUCGCAAACUAGAUCUCUUUACCUGCCUUCUAAGGCACCGGCUGAAGAUGAGCAGCAAUGAGGUAGCAAGAAUACAGGGACAGCUGAAUUCAUUUAGCACUCAGCCCCCAAAUAUAUCCACCUAUGAGACAACCAAACUCUGCAGCUAGAUAUCCCAACUUAUAUAAUUAUGAUUCCCUAAAACUCCUCGUAGAUCAGAAUAAGAGAAUCAGGCCCCAGGGAGUUAGGUUUUGUGGGUUUUUUUUUAUUAUCCAGUGGUGUUUAUACCCUUAAUCACUUUAGUGCCCAAAGAUCCAAAAUCUUUUUUACUUGUGGUUGCUGAAUCCUGCAGCACUAAUGUGGUUAUGUCAGCAGAACAAACACUACUAAGACAAAAAGAAUAUUAUAAAAAAUAUUUCCAAGAUGUUAUCAUAUUGUAGAAGAGGACAAGUAUAUGGUAUGGUAUGAGGAAUACCAGAGUGAAUGCAAUUUGUGCAGGUAAACCAUGAGUGCAAUUAUCACCUAUAUAAUACACUCAUAUUAAAUGUUAGCCAUAUUAACACCUUAAGAAGUAUCUUGCUGGGUUAAGCUGUAAACUGGAAACCAUUAAUCCAAAUAGUUAAUAGAAAUCAAGAUACAUUAUUUGAAACUCAUCAACAACUCAGCACCCUGUGAAUAUGUACAUGAGCAGUUCAAUAAUUAUUUUUAAAAAAUGAAUAAUUUCCUCUUUUAUGUAUUACUCAGCAUUUGGAACACCAGAUUCCUUGAUUAGUUUUUUUUCUGUACUGAAAAUCAUUUUGGUGAAGUCCAAAAGUCAACAGUCUCCUCAGAAGCCUUAUUAUGGCCACCAGAGUCAUUUGCAGAGGCAAAGUCAUCUGGUAAAUGGAGAUCAAUAAAUCUUUCUAAAAUGUACUAACUGCAAAAAAAAAAAAAAAAACGUAAAAAGCACAAGAAAAUAUAAGGUUCUGCAGUGAUCAGUGUGUGUUUAUGUUUUGAAUAAGUACACAUUGUAUGUGUGUAUGGUGUGGACACAAGCGCUAGUGUGUGAUUAUGAAUAUGCAGAGGUUUUGUAUGUCUGGGCAUAAGAUAUCACAAGAAGGGACCACAGUACUCCCAAAUGCAAUUUAGUGAUAUUUAAUUUGUAUGUAACCCUGGUAACGAAUGCAGAUCUGUACCAAUGGAACAGAGGCUUAUUGAGUGACUGCCUUGAGAUUACAGCCAAUGUUGAAAUAAGUGUCUGUAAACUCAAAGCAGAGAUAAUGUGGCUUCUCCAAGGUCAAACGGAGAUGGUAUUGGCAUAAAUACAUUUUAUCAAUGGACGCAGAUUGAACUAAUUAUACACUGAUGGGAAUAAAAGAGCAUGACAAAAGAUUAUGGGUUAUUUCCUAAGCCAUAAGGCAUAUAAAGGCCAUUUAUUUGAAUGGUCCAUCAGGUGAUUUAUACAGUUGUGGCCAAAAAAUGGUAACUGAAAGAAAGAGUACAAAGUACAAAGAUAGUACAAAGAUUAAACUAUGAUCUCAGCAACA